AAUAUAGUUAUUUGGCUUAUAUCGUGAUAUAUAUCGUUAUCGCCUGAAAUGAAAAAAACAUAUCGUGAUAUGAAAAAAUCUUAUAUCGCCCAGCUCUAGGCUACACCAAGCACUAUGCAACUCUUCUAUUACUCCCAGCCUCAGCAUAUUGUUCAGUUCCCUCUGAACAAUUUGUCGUUUAUGCUCCGGGAGCCUGUAGGGCCGUGAACGCACCGUCAAGCCAGACUGCGUCUCAGUAUCUUCCGGCACUUCCAGCUGAGUGAACGCUGGCGCAUCUGGCUGCCACUGCUCACCGAUUUAUUCUCGUUUUUAUUUGUUUUUAUUUGUUCUAUAGUUAUUGACGACAACUUGAACUAAGUAUUUGAAGCGUAUUUAAAGCGUAAUCCUGUUUUGACUUGCCGUCGCAAUAUUUGCGGGUUUUUACCGCUCGCACUACAGCUGCCUGCUCGGUCUUUUACCCUCAUUGGGCCUUUUCCAACCAUCUACAUUCAACUAGGGCCUGAUCAACAUGUGGAUCCACAGGGUGUCUGUGUGGUGCUCACCUGGGUUGUUUUUUCCAUCGCUCGUCACCCAACGACAGCUCUACUUCAGUACUCUGCUACGGUACUUCUGCGACUCCGCUUUUGCCUGGCUUUCUCUCCACCUGUGGCUCUUUACCUUUAUCCAGACAUCGCUGCAGGUACAUCCACCGUGGACUCCGGCGAAACUUCAAUACCAAUGACACAAACUCAAUAGUGUCCAUCUGAACCAAAACUCGUCGUCCUCCUCGCAAAACCCGGCUGUUGACCACAACGUGCUGGCCCACCUUGUUAGGGCGGCUAAGCCUACUAACAAGGUGGGCCAGUGAGAUGCCCUCACUGGUAAGGGGCAUCUCGUCCAGGAUCUCCUCCUGGACCAUAAGUUGGAUUCUCUUUGCUUGACUGAAACGUGGCAACAGCCUAAUGAUUUUGUUUCACUUAAUGACUCUACUCCAUCUGAGUUUGUUUACAUCUGUCAACCUCACAACUCCAGGAGGGGCGGCAGCCUCGCGAUAAUUCAACGCAAGCACUGGAAAUUUCUCCCUGUCUCUGCCCCACCCUUCCACUCAUUUGAAUACAUCGCAAUACAGCUCCUUGGAUCUACUCCCACCAUUAUAUGUACUGUGUACCGGCCACCUAAGCCAAAUAAGGAUUUUUUUAAAUGUCUUUGCUGCUCUUCUUACUCAUUUCUCAGUACUUUUCCCAAAUUUGAUGCUUUUAUUAAGGACGGAAAGCCCCCCGCCGGUUAAUAUUUCUAAUUGUUCUAAUAAAGUUUUUAAUUCACAAAUGUAGUUAUUUCAAAGGCAAAUCCAUUUGGGAAAGCCAGCUUUGUUUGCUUUUCUCUGUUCAUUGGCCUUUAUCUGUAUGCAUUUUUAUUAAAGUUUGGGGAAAAAAGUUAUACAACCUUUAUAGAAUGGGUGGAGCCGGAACUUCGGCCUUAAUGUCAUUUUCACCAGUUUAAGUGGGCGUGUUUCCUAAAUCAGCAGUAGUUGUUAAUCAGCUGACGGGUGAACAGGCUGUGUGAAGGUAAAUUUGGGAAUCUGCUGAGCUGGUCUGUGGCGUACUGGAGACAGUGUCAUCUCGUGGUUUAUUUUACAGAAACACAGAGAGAGCCUUGAACUAAUCUUUUGAAGCAGACAUGGAGAGUGACUCUGAAACACAGAGUGGUGAAGAUACUACUCCAGAUGACUGGAUGGAAUUGGCUGAUGACAGUCCAGAUGACAGUCCUGCUGUCAGUACUGAUGCCACACAGAAACCCUCAGAAAAAGAGGAUUUUAAACUGUUCCUGAUCACCUGGAAUGUGGACGGGCUUGAUUUCGAAAACCUUCCAGAGCGUUCCAGAGGCCUGGUUAAAUAUUUAAACUUAUACAAACCUGAUGUGGUGUUCCUGCAGGAGCUCACUCCCCCUUAUGCCCAGUUCUUGAAGAAACGGUUUGAGAGCUACCUGAUGAUUAAAGGUGGUGAGGAAGGUUACUUUACAGGGAUGUUGCUGAAAAAGUCACGAGUCACAUUGGUGGAGAGCGAGAUAGUACCUUAUCGCACCACUAAGAUGAGGAGGAACCUGCUUGUCGCUCAGGUGAUCGUCAACGGCCAGAAGCUCUGCCUGAUGACAUCUCACUUUGAGAGCUUUAAGGCAUGUUCUAAAGAGCGUAUGAAUCAGCUGCAUGUGGUGAAGUGGAGGUUUAAACAUGCACCUGAUGAUGUCACCGUUGUGUUUGGGGGAGACACAAACCUGAGGGAUGCGGAGGUACCCAAGGUGGGCCUGCCUGCAACUGUCUGUGAUGUGUGGGAGCGACUGGGCAAGCAGGAGCACUGCCGCUACACGUGGGACACCACUGCCAAUACCAAUCAGAAUAUUUCUACACCUGCUCGCUUCCGCUUUGACAGAAUCUACCUCCGCCCGGCCAGCAAACGUGGAGUCCCUCGUCUGGCCCCUAAUCACAUGGCCUUGGUGGGGCUGGAGAAGCUGGACUGUGGCCGCUACACUAGUGAUCACUGGGGAAUCUACUGCACCUUCUCAGCUGAAUAGAACUACACAAAACAACCAAAAACAUGACAGUUAAGCAUUUUAUUUUAGAUCAGCUGCUCUUUAAAUCACUCUCUUAAAAUAACUCUAUGCAGGAAGAUGUUCUUAUCGCCAGUAAAUGAUUUAUCUUAAUUUAAUCAGUUCAAUUUAAUUUAUUCCUCUAAUGUGUGUCUGCUUAAGUGUUUUAUGUGGUUAA